AAUAUAAAAAAGAUCCUCUGAGAGGAGGGCACUUUUGUGUGAUGGCAACUUCACUUCUAGGGGAGGAACCGCGGGUAGGUUCUACGCCGCUGGCCAUGCUCGCCGCGACCUGCAACAAGAUCGGCAGCCCCAGCCCAUCGCCGUCCGCCCUCUCGGACAGCACGUCCUCCUUCGGCAAAGGCUUCCACCCCUGGAAACGCUCCUCCUCCUCCUCGUCCUCGGCGGGCAGCUGCGGCGCAGUGGGCUCCGGUCUCCCGGGCUUCGGUGUGGCGGGCGCGGCUCGCAACGGCUCCUCGGCGGCGGCGGCGGCGGCAGCGGCGGCGGCAGCGGCGGCCGCACUCGUCUCGGACUCGUUCAGCUGCGGCGGCUCACCGGGAUCCAGCGCCUUCUCCCUCACCUCCAGCACCGCGGCGGCCGCCAGCUCGCCCUUCGCCAACGACUACUCCGUCUUCCAGGCGCCGGGCAGUGCCGGCGGCGGCGGCGGAGGAGGAGGCGGCGGCGGCGGGUCGGCGGGACAGGAGGCAGCGGCGCACCAGCCCGUCUUCAUCUCCAAGGUGCACACGUCGGUGGAGGGGCUACAAGGCAUCUACCCUCGUGUGGGCAUGGCGCACCCCUACGAGUCUUGGUUCAAGCCCUCGCACCCGGGGCUGGGCGCCGGUGAGGUGGGCUCGGCGGGCGCCUCCAGCUGGUGGGACGUGGGCGCCGGCUGGAUAGACGUGCAGAGCCCCAACGGGGCGGCCGCGCUGCCCGGCUCGCUGCACCCGGCGGCCGGCGGACUCCAGACCUCGCUCCACUCGCCGCUGGGCGGCUACAAUUCGGAUUACUCGAGCCUGGGCCACUCGGCCUUCAGCAGCGGCGCCUCCUCACACCUCCUCAGCCCCGCCGGCCAGCACCUCAUGGACGGAUUUAAGCCAGUGUUGCCCGGUUCCUAUCCGGACUCAGCCCCCUCGCCGCUGGCCGGCGCUGGGGGUUCCAUGCUGAGUGGCGGCCCCGCCGCACCGCUGGCCGCUUCUCCCCGCUCCUCCGCCCGCCGCUACUCGGGUCGUGCCACUUGCGACUGCCCCAACUGCCAGGAGGCCGAGCGCCUGGGGCCGGCGGGGGCCAGCCUGCGGCGCAAAGGGCUGCACAGCUGCCACAUUCCUGGCUGCGGCAAGGUCUACGGCAAGACCUCGCACCUGAAGGCGCAUCUGCGCUGGCACACGGGCGAACGUCCCUUCGUCUGCAACUGGCUCUUCUGCGGCAAGCGCUUUACGCGCUCCGACGAACUGCAGCGGCACCUGCGGACCCACACAGGCGAGAAGCGCUUCGCCUGUCCCGUCUGCAACAAGCGUUUCAUGCGCAGCGACCACCUCAGCAAGCACGUCAAGACCCACAGCGGCCCGGGCGGCGCCGGCGGUCCUGGUGGCCCGGGCGGCGCUAGCGGCCCCGGUGGCAAGAAGGGCAGCGACACCGACAGUGAGCACAGCGCAGCCGGCAGUCCGCCCUGCCACUCCCCGGAGCUGCUGCCGCCCCCCGAGCCUGGCCACCGCAACGGUCUGGAGUGAUGGGCGGAGGCGCGGAGCCGUCGCGCCCCUCCGCCCCGCUGCCCCCUGGGUGCGCAGCCCCGCGGCGGGGACGCAGACACGUAAGUAGCCGAUGCGGCUCCGCAAGGACCGUUCUCAAGCCCGGCGGACGCCUCGCUGCCCGCCCGGAGUCUCGCCUGGGGCGGCUGGUGCUGCCGGGUCGCGCAACCCCCGCGUCAGGGCAGGGAGCGCUCGGCAAGGUGCGAGAGUCGCUGCCCCCCUGUGGAGCAGCCCUGUUGGCCGCCUCCUAUUCGUCCACCUCGGGUUGCCUUUGGAGCAGAAAAACAUAAGUUCCCCCUCUGCUUUCCCGCUGGGAACAGUUAGGCACCUCCUCCCUCCGCCACCAGAGCCGGUAGAACAGCGCGGUGCCCCAGGAGCCAUGGGCAGGCGGGCAGGGUCUGCCCGCGGCACAGGGAUCCUACGGCAGAGGUGGCCGUCCCCACAUAGCACCGAGCCCGAGUCUCGGAACUGCCCUCGUCUCGUUAACUGCUCAUAGCUCUUCCGCGGCCGGGACUGGGGCGGCUGAGUGCUUUGCCCCUCUGCCCCCGCCUCCCCCCUCCCUUUCUUCAUUUUUUCUCCCUUCCUUCCUUCCUUCCUUCCUUCCUUCCUUCCUUCCUUCCUUCCUUCCUUCCUUCCUUCCUUCCUU